GCAGGAAGAUGGCGGCUGGAGCGGAGGUGUGAGUGGACCCGGAUCUCUGCAGCUGGAUUUUCUCUUCCCUUUUUCCUCUCCUCUUUCUUCUUUUGAGAUUGGCAUCGAGGGGCCUCAGUCCGGGUGGCGGCGCCGGUCGCAACGCAGGGGUCACGGCGACGGCGGCGGCUGACGGCUGGAAGGGCAGGCUUCCUUCGCCGCUCGUCCUCCUUCCGCGGUCCGCUCGGUGUCAGGCUCGGCGGCGGCGCGUGGGGCGGUCUUCGUCCUACCUCCAGCACCCCGCGGCACUGGAGCGGGCGCUCUUCCCUUCGCCAUCUCCCGACAUUUCACCCCGGGGACUGGGCGCCUCCUCAGGCGCAGCUCACGGAGCGGGGGCCGGUCUCCUGCUCGUCUGUCGCGCCUCCAUGUCGGAUAACCAAAGCUGGAACUCGUCAGGCUCGGAGGAGGAUCCCGAGACGGAGUUGGGGCCGCCUGUGGAGCGCUGCGGGGUCCUCAGCAAGUGGACAAACUACAUUCAUGGGUGGCAGGAUCGUUGGGUCGUUAUGAAAAAUAAUACUUUGAGUUACUACAAAUCUGAAGACGAGACAGAGUAUGGCUGCAGAGGAUCCAUUUGUCUUAGCAAGGCUGUCAUCACGCCUCACGAUUUUGAUGAAUGUCGAUUUGAUAUUAGUGUAAAUGAUAGUGUUUGGUAUCUUCGUGCUCAGGAUCCAGAUCACAGACAACAGUGGAUAGACGCCAUCGAACAGCACAAGACUGAAUCUGGUUAUGGAUCUGAAUCCAGCUUGCGUCGACAUGGCUCAAUGGUGUCACUGGUGUCUGGAGCAAGUGGCUAUUCUGCAACAUCCACCUCUUCAUUCAAGAAAGGCCACAGUUUACGUGAGAAAUUGGCUGAAAUGGAAACCUUUAGAGAUAUCCUAUGUAGACAAGUUGAUACUCUACAGAAGUACUUUGAUGCCUGUGCUGAUGCUGUCUCCAAGGAUGAACUUCAAAGGGAUAAAGUGGUAGAAGAUGAUGAAGAUGACUUUCCUACAACACGUUCUGAUGGAGACUUCUUGCAUAAUACCAAUGGCAAUAAGGAAAAGACAUUUCCACAGGUAACACCAAAAGGAAUUAAUGGUAUAGACUUUAAAGGGGAGGCAAUAACUUUUAAAGCAACUACUGCUGGAAUCCUUGCUACACUUUCUCAUUGUAUUGAACUAAUGGUAAAACGUGAGGACAGCUGGCAAAAGAGAAUGGAUAAGGAAAUGGAGAAAAGAAGAAGAACAGAGGAAGCAUACAAAAAUGCCAUGACGGAACUAAAGAAAAAAUCCCACUUUGGAGGACCAGAUUAUGAGGAAGGCCCCAACAGUCUAAUUAAUGAAGAAGAGUUCUUUGAUGCUGUUGAAGCUGCUCUUGACAGACAAGAUAAAAUAGAAGAACAGUCACAGAGCGAGAAGGUCAGGUUACAUUGGCCUACAUCCAUGCCAUCUGGAGAUGCCUUUUCUUCUGUGGGGACUCAUAGAUUUGUCCAAAAGCCCUAUAGUCGCUCUUCCUCCAUGUCUUCCAUUGAUCUAGUCAGUGCCUCUGACGAUGUUCACAGAUUCAGCUCCCAGGUUGAAGAAAUGGUACAGAAUCACAUGACUUACUCAUUACAGGAUGUAGGUGGAGAUGCCAAUUGGCAAUUGGUUGUAGAAGAAGGAGAAAUGAAGGUAUAUAGGAGAGAAGUAGAAGAAAAUGGGAUUGUUCUGGAUCCUUUGAAAGCUACCCAUGCAGUUAAAGGAGUUACAGGACACGAGGUCUGCAAUUACUUCUGGAAUGUUGACGUUCGCAAUGAUUGGGAAACAACUAUAGAAAACUUUCAUGUGGUGGAAACAUUAGCCGAUAAUGCAAUCAUCAUUUAUCAGACGCACAAGAGAGUGUGGCCUGCUUCUCAGCGAGAUGUAUUAUAUCUCUCUGCCAUUCGAAAGAUACCAGCCAUGACUGAAAAUGACCCUGAAACUUGGAUAGUUUGUAAUUUUUCUGUGGAUCAUGACAGUGCUCCUCUGAACAAUCGAUGUGUCCGUGCCAAAAUAAACAUCGCUAUGAUUUGUCAAACCUUGGUAAGCCCACCAGAGGGAAACCAGAAGAUUAGCAGAGACAACAUUUUAUGCAAGAUUACAUAUGUAGCUAAUGUGAACCCUGGAGGAUGGGCACCAGCCUCAGUGUUAAGGGCAGUGGCAAAACGAGAGUAUCCAAAGUUUCUAAAACGUUUUACUUCUUACGUCCAAGAGAAAACAGCAGGAAAGCCUAUUUUGUUCUAGUAUUAACAGUGACUGAAGCAAGGCUGUGUGACAUUCCAUGUUGGAGGAAAAAAAAAAUACACACAGAAAUUGAAUGCUCUAAGCUGGAACGUAGGAUCUACAGCCUUGUCUGUGGCCCAACACCUUGGCCUUGUGUACAAAAAUGAAGAAAUAUUGCAAUAGCAAAGCUGAACGUCUAACCCUAGAUGUCUCCUGCUAGACCUUCGUGCUCAGCAUAUAACUAUAAAUACAUGUAAAAUUACAUGUACAUGGCUAUAUUUUUGUUUGCUCCUAAAAGAGAGAAAAUGUAACUUUGAAUCACAACUAGGAAUUGAUGCUUUAAUUUUUGGAAACUUAUUCAGAGUUUUUCAUUUAGUGUAUGGUCCAGCCUAAGAUCCUCAGUUGUAUCAGGUUUUGUGCACAAAAGAAAAGCACAGAAGUUGAACACACCUGGGGCAUGUGCUUUCUGUGCACCAGAUACCUGGACGGGGUUCUUUCUUCAGGCCUAUUUUUGACUUUUUUUGUUUUGUAUAAUCAUAGAAUUCAUUGCUGCUGAUUUCUGUAAUGAUUCAUGUUGUCAUGUAAAGUUUCUCAGUAACUGAGGGCUGCCAGUAACCUGUGAUUUUGCCUUUUCUAUAUUCUUACUCCUAUGAAGGACCUUGGUUCUGAUGGAGAAAGAAUGAAAAGUUUUAUUCUCCCCCUCCCCAAUAUCUUUAUAUUUCCUGUGUUUUUAGUUGUGUUCUGUGUGCUACAGCUUUUUUGUCUGUUUGUUAGAAACACAAUUUGGCAAUUCCUAAAUUGGUUCUGCCUGCCUUCAAACAGAAUCAUCUGUAUAAAUCUUGUUGGGUAUAAACUACUUUCUGGUAAAAUGGUCAGGAUAAAAUGAGCUCACGUUUUUAUUAAAUUUGUAAGAGGAUAUACA